AUGCAUCCAAUGAAGGCAUCUGCCUUCAAUGAGUCAUCCUCGAGCUCUGUCCUACAAAACGGCAACAUUGCUGAUUUAGAUGAAGGUAUAAAAUUUUGUCGUGAUGUUGUGUCUCUGUGCUCCAAGGGACAUCCUGACUGUGGUGUCUACCUGAAUAACUUGGCUAUUUCACUUGGUCUUUAUCACUUCAAUCACCAAGGUAAUCCUAAUGACCUCGAUAAGGCCAUCUCUUUGCACAAAGUGCUGCAUCUGCGCCCUCUUGGGCACAAAUUUCGGAAUUUCUCAUUGGAUGGCCUAGGGCUUGCCCUUGUCGCCCAUUUCAACAAAUGUGGUGCUGUAGACAUACAGUGGCUCAAAAAAGUGUCUCAAUGUUUGUAA